AUGCAUCCCAAGACUUGGUAUGAGAGUUUACCAUAUCUUCAGUUUGUGUUUAAUCGGGCUAUUCAUGGAUCUUCGGGGAAAUCACCGUUUGAGUUUUUACCUCCGAGUCUGUUUGAUCUCAUGUUUUCAAGUGAAGCUACGGUCGACGGCAAGGAAGAGAGUGAAAGGCAACAAGCUCAGCGAUUUUUAGAGAAGAUUGCUCAUAUUCAUGCCACAGUGGAAGCACAAUUGAAGAAAUCACAAGCUAAAUACAAGGCGAAACAUAAUCAACAUCAAGUUCCUUGUAAUUUUGGUAAAUGUGAUAUGGUAUGGUUGAAGUUGAGUAAGGAACGGCUAAAAGGAGAAGGGAAAAAGUUAAAGCCUAUACGAUAUGGUCCGUUUCGGAUUAUUGAUCAAAUUGGUGACAACGCUUUCAAACUAGAUUUACCACCUUACCUCGGCAUGUAUUCGGUGAUCAACAUCGAGUACUUGAAAUUGUUUGAACCUCCAUUGUUGGAUGAUGAAGCUGCUUAUCAUGAUUAUGAAAUUUGGAAAAUGGAUGUUAGAAUAAGAUAUCUAAGUGGUUAUCUUGAAGAAGAUAUUUAUAUGGAACAACUUGAAAGAUUCAUUCCCAAAGGUGAGGAAAAUAAGGUAUGGAAGUUAAAUAGAUUAAUUUAUGGCCUUAAGAAGGCUUCAAGAAGUUGGAACUUGAGAUUUGAUGAAGCUAUCAAAUCGUUUGGUUUUAUCCAAAAUAUAGAUGAGGCCUACUUGUACAAAAAGGUUAGUGGAAGUACAAUUACAUUCCUAGUGCUAUAUGUAGAUGAUAUCCUACUCAUUGGGAGUGAUGUUGCAAUAUUAUCUCGUGUGAAAAUAUGGUUAUCAAAUUAUUUUUCAAUGAAAGAUCUUAAAAAUGCUUCCUACAUCCUUGGUCUCAAAUAG